AUGGAAGCAUUUCUACAUGCAAACAAUAAUCUCGAUGUUCUCCCAUCGAAAAUUCGUGAAUAUGUUGAAGAAAAAAUCAAACUAUGUCAACCAUCUAAUUUUCAUGUUUGCAAUGGAAGCGAUGAAGAAAAUCAACAACUACUUGAUGCUAUGGAACUAUCAGGCGUGAUAAGACGUCUUCGAAAAUAUAAAAAUUGUUAUAUCGCAACAACAGAUCCACGUGAUGUAGCUCGUGUUGAAUCUCGUACUGUUAUUUGUACCAAGAAUAUGAAUGAUAUUAUUUCAACACCAAAAUCAGGUUUCGCUCCUAUAACCGACCCGAAUCUACCAAAAAAUCUCAAAGCAACGCAAUUAGGUAAUUGGAUGGAUACAGACGAAAUGUUAGAAAUUCUUGAAAAACGUUUUGCUGGUUGUAUGCGCGGCCGAACACUCUAUAUUAUUCCAUAUAUGAUGGGACCAUAUUCAAGUCCAUAUUCGAAAAUUGCCGUAGAAUUGACUGAUUCGCCUUAUGUGGUUGCAUCCAUGCGAAUAAUGACACGCAUGGGUACAAAUGUAUUUAAUGAAAUCAAAACAUCUGAUGGUUCUGAUGUUGUCAAAUGUCUUCAUUCCAUUGGUGUACCAUUACCAACCGAUAAACAAGUUAAUCCAACAUGGCCAUGCAAUCCUGAACAAACAUUAGUAACGCAUUUUCCCGAACGUAAUGAAAUUAUUAGUUUCGGUAGUGGUUAUGGUGGAAAUUCACUAUGCGGAAAGAAAUGUUUAGCACUGCGUAUUGGAAGUUCAUUAGCUAAGAGAGAAGGUUGGUUAGCUGAACAUAUGCUUAUAAUGGGCGUAACCAAUCCCGAGGGUGUUAAAAAAUAUUUUGUUGCUGCUUUUCCCAGCGCUUGUGGUAAAACAAAUCUAGCAAUGCUUCGUCCAGUGGGACUUCCUGGAUAUAAAGUUGAAUGUGUUGGUGAUGAUAUUGCAUGGAUGCAUUUUGAUGAUGAAGGUCGUUUACGAGCUAUUAAUCCUGAAUUUGGAUUUUUUGGUGUUGCACCAGGCACGAGUAAAUCGACGAAUCCGAUAGCAUUAGAUAUGGUGCAUGAAAAUACGAUUUUUACAAAUGUUGCUGAAACAAGUAACGGUGAUGUUUAUUGGGAAGGUAUCGGAGAAGUAAUUGAUGGUCUUCAUGAAACAUCGAUACGUUCGUGGAAAAAUAAACGAUGGUCAGCUGAUUUAGGUGAGCCAGCUGCUCAUCCAAAUAGCCGCUUUUGUACCACAAUAAAACAAUGUUCCAUACUCGAUCCUGAAUGGAAUAAUCCGCAAGGCGUACCGAUUGAAGCAAUUAUCUUCGGUGGACGACGGCCAGAAGGUGUGCCAUUAGUUUAUGAAGCUUUUGACUGGCAACAUGGUGUUUUUGUGGGUGCAUGCAUGCGGUCCGAAGCAACAGCUGCUGCAGAAUUUAAAGGCAAACAAAUCAUGCAUGAUCCAUUUGCAAUGCGACCAUUUUUUGGUUAUAAUUUUGGUAGUUAUCUAGCGCAUUGGUUAUCAUUUGGGGCAAAAACUGGAGUUCAUUUACCAAAAAUUUAUCAUGUCAAUUGGUUUCUUAGAGAUUCAAAAACGAAUGAAUUUCUUUGGCCAGGCUUCGGUGAAAAUAUUCGUGUUAUUGAUUGGAUAUUUCGUCGUCUAACUCAACAAGCAUCAGGUUGUAAAACACCGAUUGGUAUUAUACCUGAUCAAAAUGUUUCAAAUGGUAUUCUGGGCAAUAGAAUAAAUCCAGCAUUACUAGAUAUUUCCAAAGAAUUCUGGAUUAACGAAUGCAAAGCCAUACGCAACUACUUAGAAGAAAAUGUGAAUAAAGAUUUACCCGAUGAAAUAUGUUCCGAAUUAAAUAAUCUUGAAAAACGCUUAUCAACACUAUAA